GUCCGCAGUCUCUGGUCAUGCCCUGCACUGUCCGCAGUCUCUGUCAUCUGUACUAUUCUGUGUCCGCAGUCUCUGGUCAUCUCCUGUACUAUGUCUGUAGUCUCUGGUCAUCUCCUGUACCGUGUCCGCAGUCUCUGGUCAUCUCCUGUACUGUGUCCGCAGUCUCUGGUCAUUCCCUGUACUACGUCCGCAGUCUCUGGUCAUCUCCUGUACUGUGUCCGCAGUCUCUGGUCAUCUCCUGUACUAUGUCCGCAGUCUCUGGUCAUCUCCUGUACUGUGUCCGCAGUCUCUGGUCAUCUCCUGUACUAUGUCUGCAGUCUCUGGUCAUCUCCUGUACUGUGUCCGCAGUCUCUGGUCAUCUCCUGUACUGUGUCCGCAGUCUCUGGUCACCUUCUGUACUGUGUCCGCAGUCUCUGGUCACCUCCUGUACUGUGUCCGCAGUCUCUGGUCAUCUCCUGUACUGUGUCCGCAGU